GUUGAAGGUUCAAGCAAAGAAUAUGGCGUCAAAUCAAUUUUCUGUCGCGUCCCCGCCGACGGAUGCUAUCUCCGCCUUGAAGUUCUCGCCCGACCCCGACUCCACGCGAAUCGUCGUUUCUUCAUGGGAUAAGAACGUGUAUCUGUACGACCUGCGCGACGAGAAUGGCGCCGUCGGAGAAGGAAAGCUGUUACAGAAGUUCGAGCAUCGUGCUCCGGUGUUGGAUGUGUGUUUCGGCGCAACCGAGGAUGAGAUCUACACGGCUGGCUUGGACUGGGACGUCAAGAAAAUUGAUGUAGCAUCAUCCACCCAGACUGUCCUCAGUAGCCACGAAGCUGGCGUUCGCAGUGUCGUUUUCAGCAAGGAACACAACCUAGUAAUAUCCGCAUCCUGGGACUCCACGCUGCAUGUGCACCCGACGAACGAUCCCGCCACAGCCCCCGCUAUCAUUCCCCUCCCCUCGAAGCCCUUCUCCAUGUCUCUUACCGCUACGAAGCUCGUCGUCGCAAUGGCUUCCCGCGCCCUACACAUCUACGAUCUGAAAGCAUUGGCUAUGCUCACCGCUCAGUCGGAGGGUACGGGCCCGAACAAGAUUGAAAUCGAGCCCUGGCAGCGAAGGGAGAGCAGCUUGAAGUUCAUGACUCGCUCGGUAGCAUGCAUGCCUGACGAUGCAGGAUAUGCGUCAUCCAGCAUUGAGGGGCGUGUUGCGGUCGAAUGGUUCGAUCCAUCUGCUGAGUCGCAGGCCCGCAAAUAUGCCUUCAAGUGUCACCGACAGACGGCGGAUGAUGUCGACGUCGUCUACCCUGUCAAUGCGCUGGCGUUCCACCCGGUCCACGGUACGUUUGCCUCCGGCGGUGGUGAUGGAGUGGUCGCGCUUUGGGAUGGUAUCGCGAAGAGGAGAAUCAGACAGUACCAGAAGUACCCGUCGAGUGUGGCUGCCGUGGACUUUAGCGGUAAUGGAAAGUACCUGGCGAUUGCGAUUAGUCCGGGCUUCGAGGAUGGGAAAGAUGAUGUUGUCGAAGGGACGGUUAAGAUCUUUGUACGUGAGCUCGGAGAGACAGAAGCGAAGGGGAAGGGCGCCAAAUAAACCUGAGUACAUUGUCGCCUUAUGAAAUAACUUACUUUGUCUUGAUGACCGGCGUGCGGAGACUGGUGUUCUUGUCCUUACUUUUGGUUCAUUGAGAUAUCACAGUUACGAGGCACCAGGUUAUAGAAAGCGUAAAAUAGUCCGAUUCGUG